AUGGCAUCUCGCCGGAUGGGUUUGCGCUUUCUGGCGCAGACCAGACAAACUGCUCCUUUCACCCCGAACACCCUGCGCCAGUCUUGCCGGAGGACCUUUACGAGCCCUUCUGCUUCCCAAUUGCCCGGCGCCCGCCUGUUCUCCUCGAGGUGGAACAUCCUUGCUGUGGGCCUCGGCGUAGCAACCGCAACCACAUCAACCCUUCUGUACAACAUGACCGUCUCCGACCCCAUCCGCUGCGACUCGCCGAGCCUGGCCGAGCGCGACGCCCAGACGCUGCGCGACCACGGCAUCUCGGACAAGUCGCCCAUGCGGCUGCGCAUGGAGAAGUUCAUCAAGGAGCAGCAGCGCGAGAUCGUGCGCGGCCUCGAGGAGGUCGACGGCACGCCCUUCCGCGUCGACGAGUGGCAGCGCAAGGAGGGCGGCGGCGGCAUCACCUGCGUGCUGCAGGACGGCAAGGUCUUUGAGAAGGCCGGCGUCGGCGUCAGCGUCGUCUACGGCAAGCUGCCGCGCGCCGCCAUCGAGAAGAUGCGCAUCAACCACAAGAACCUCGGCGGCGGCGCCGGCAACGACGGCGAGGUCCCCGAGUCGCUCGACUUCUUCGCCGCCGGCCUCUCCAUGAUCGUCCACCCCAAGAACCCCAUGGCGCCCACCGUGCACCUCAACUACCGCUACUUCGAGACGGCCAACGACGACGGCUCCUCGGGCGCCUGGUGGUUCGGCGGCGGCGCCGACCUGACGCCCAACUACCUCUUCGACGAGGACGCCAUCCACUUCCACCGCACCCUCAAGGACGUCUGCGACAAGCACAACAAGGACUACUACCCCAAGUUCAAGAAGUGGUGCGACGAGUACUUUUACAACAAGCACCGCGGCGAGUCGCGCGGCAUCGGCGGCAUCUUCUUCGACGACCUCGACGAGCAGGUCUGCGACAAGGAGAACACCUUCGCCUUCAUCCAGGACGCCCUGCGCGCCUUCCUGCCCUCGUACGUGCCCAUCGUCGAGCGCCGCAAGGACAUGCCCUUCACCGAGGCCGAGCGCGACUGGCAGCAGAUCCGCCGCGGCAAGUACGUCGAGUUCAACCUCGUGCACGACCGCGGCACCUCGUUCGGCCUCAACACCCCCGGCGCCCGCGUCGAGAGCAUCCUCAUGAGCCUGCCGAUGACGGCGAGCUGGAAGUACAUGUACGCGCCCGAGCCCGGCAGCCGCGAGCAGAGGCUGGUGGACGUGCUGAGGGAGCCCAAGGAGUGGGUGUAG